GCCUCCGACGCUGCCGCCGGAGCUGCCGUUUUCGAGCUCAAGUGCGCAGCAUGUCACGGCGGCGGCUCCAAUUUGAUUAGCCCGGGAAGAGACCUCAAAGCUAAGUCGCUGGAGGCGAACGGCUACGCGACAGAAGAGGCGCUCUCAACCCUGGUCGCGGUCGGCAAGGGCCAGAUGCCCAGCUACGGUCCAAAGUCGCCACCGUUUGCGAGGCUGACAGAGGAGCAGAUAUCGGACGUGUCUGCGUAUGUGCUAUCGCAGGCCGCGGCCGGCUGG